GCCCACGCCUGCUUCGCCCAGCCUCCACCUCUGGGGUGGAUAAAUAGCAGUAUGUUCCAGUUGCUCGGUGCGGCCUGAACUGGGGCAACAGCAAGACUGAACAACUCCUUCUCCUUUUCUCCUGACCAGCCGAGCACACCCACCAUCAGCAAGAUGACUCACCAAUACCCAUCACUGUCUCCUGAGCAGAAGAAGGAGCUGGCCACUAUCGCCCAGCGUAUUGUGGCCCCUGGAAAGGGUAUCCUGGCUGCAGAUGAGUCCACAGGCACCAUGGCAAAGCGCCUGCAGAAAAUCAAUGUGGAGAACACAGAAGAGAACCGCCGCUACUUCCGUGACCUUUUGUUCUCCGUUGAUCCUUCCAUUUCUGAUAAUAUUGGAGGAAUCAUUUUCUUCCAUGAGACCCUGUAUCAGAAAUCCGACAAGGGUAUCCCGUUCCCCAAGCUCGUCAAGGAUAAGGGUAUCGUGGUUGGCAUCAAGGUGGACAAAGGCACAGCAGGACUGAAUGGAACAGAUGGCGAAACAACCACACAGGGCCUGGAUGGUCUGUCUGAAAGGUGUGCUCAGUACAAGAAGGACGGCUGUGACUUUGCUAAGUGGCGCUGUGUGCUGAAGAUCUCUGAUGGCUGCCCUUCUGCCCUUGCCAUCGCUGAAAACGCCAACGUGCUCGCCAGAUAUGCUAGCAUCUGCCAACAGAAUGGAUUGGUGCCCAUCGUUGAGCCUGAGAUUCUUCCAGACGGAGAUCACGACCUGCUGCGCUGCCAGUAUGUCACGGAGAAGGUUCUUGCUGCUACAUACAAGGCCCUGUCUGAUCACCACGUGUAUUUGGAGGGCACUUUGCUCAAGCCCAACAUGGUCACAGCCGGACACUCCUGCCCCAAGAAGUACACCCCAGAGGAGGUUGGCAUGGCAACAGUCACUGCCCUCAGACGCACUGUGCCUGCUGCUGUACCAGGCAUCUGCUUCCUGUCGGGAGGACAGAGUGAAGAGGAGGCUUCGCUCAACCUGAACGCCAUGAAUAAAACUCCACUGCACAGACCUUGGAAGCUGUCCUUCUCCUAUGGCCGUGCUCUCCAGGCUUCAGCUCUUGCAGCAUGGAAGGGAAAGCCAGAAAACAGGAAGGCUUCUCAGGAUGCCUUCUGCACACGUGCUAAGAUUAACAGUCUGGCGUCUAAAGGCGAGUACAAGCCCACAGGCCAGGCCGACAAGGCUGCCACACAGUCUCUCUUCACCGCCAGCUAUGUCUACUAGACCAAACCAUCUUCCAAAAACUGCAAAAUGCCAGCUUUUACAGGACCACAUUACGAUAAAACUGCAAAGUGACCAAAACACUGUUCAAGGAGACAUUAAUGUUAAUGUUAACUUGAUCAAUGAACUUUAAACUCUGCAAUUGCAGGUUUCUAAUGUCCCUUGUUUUGGACUUAUGACCAAAUCAUUUAAAUGUAUAAAGUGCUUUUUCUGAUUGAACUGGAUUUCACUAAUUUCAGACUGCUUUGGUCUUUGAUAGACAUUUUCUGGACUAAGGUUCUUUGAAUUGAGGAAUAAAUGAGAAGAAAAAGA